AAACUGUAGUUAUUUUUCAGCCACCAACUGUCAGUGUUCGUAGUUUAUUUUAUUUUGACACUUUUUAAAUUACUUUGAAAAAGUGGUAAUCGUUGCAUUUUUUUAAAGUGACUUUUUUAAAUGCAAUACCUGUGCGGUGUUAAGUUUUGAAUCAAAUCGGAUGUUAUCUUAAGAUAAUAUAUAGUAUCGGCUUAUCGAUACACAGAAAUGUAUCUGAAAACACAUAAUGUAGAAUAUUUGGAGAAUUACUAAGGCGGUAAAGUAGGUGAUGACUCGUAUUCAAGUUUGGCAGUUAUACCGUUUUGAGUUAAAAUGUGAAAUAGAUUAGGAAGAAAGAAGUGUCCGCUAUGGGAUUUGCCAUACCCCCGCGCUGGCUAUGCCUUGUCCUGGUGCUGGGUUCCUACUCCUGCGAGGAUGCUCCGGAGCCGCCGUGUCGCCAGGUGGAGCUGGACGGAGGGCUGCAGGUGGACUGCUCGGACUUGGGGCUGACCGAGAUGCCGGCUGGCCUGGAUUAUGAUCAGGUCCAGAUACUGGAUCUAUCAAACAACAACUUCGUAGACUUCCCUCCAGAACUGCAAUACUUCACGCGCAUUGAGAAGCUGACACUAGCGGGAAAUCACCUGAGUGGCGCUAUCCCCUCAUUCUUAUCAAAAUGGGACAAGCUUCACACCCUUAACCUGUCGGACAACAACUACAUGAGCUGGGCCACUCCCCUCAACGCCUCAUUAAGAAAACUCGACUUAUCAAAAAACAAAAUCAAUACAAUCGACGAAGCGGCGUUCUCCGGGAUGUCUUCAUUACAUUUCCUCGAUUUAUCUGAAAACAGGAUCUCCAAUUUGCCGGCGGGCGCGUUCAGUGAAGCGAGCAGUUUAGACAAUCUCGUUCUAUCCAGGAAUGAGUUUUCCGCCGUCCCGGAUAUAUCGUCGUCGUCGCUGAGGAGUCUAGACCUGAGCAGCUGUCAGUUGCUGACAGUAAGCCCGCGUGCUGUGGUGGGGCUGACGGCGCUUCUGGCACUGGAUCUGUCCAUGAACCAGUUGGAGUUCCUCCCGGACCACUUCUCCUCAGGCACGCUGCAGCAGCUGGACCUCAGCUACAACGCGGUCAGCGACCUCACGGACCACACCUUCUCGUCACUACCGCAUCUCGCGGUGUUGGACCUGAGAGGGAAUGACUUCCGGGACGUGUUCCCGACGUCCGUCUUCGCCUCGAACCCCUUCCUCCGCGAGCUGCGGCUGAAGGGGAACCGAUGGAGCUGCGACGGCUUCAACCUCAAUCUCUUCAUCACAUACGAGUACCUCACCCGAGAGCCGCCUAAAGUCGCGGACCAGCGGUCCCUGGUCUGCUACUCUCCGUUCAACGUGUCUCAAUUAUCCUGGCAGGAAGCGUACAUCCAGACGUGGCAUCCGAGCGAGGGCUACGACACUUUCAGCAUGGUGGCUUUAAUGAUUGGCGUCAUCAUCGGAGUGGUGCUGACGUCGGCCGUGUGCCGGGGACUCAUGGCCCUCAACAGGUCAGAAGAUCCUCCAGCUAGCUCCAACAACGUGGCUGGGGAGACCAGAUUAAGCGAGCGCGUGGAGUCUGUAGUUUUACGGAUUCCUCUGCGUGAAGACUUGCCUCCGACGUACGACGAGGCGUUAUUAAUGCCGCGGCUGAACGCGUCGUUUCACUCACUCCCUGACUUCGUGGAUGAAGAGCCGCUGGCUGGCAGGUUCCGGCGCUCGCGUUCCAUCGGGGACCUGGCGGAGCCCCGGCCGCGGGGGGGCGACAGGAGGUCGGUCAGGCGGACUGUGCAGAUCAGUAUUGAAUGAUAUGAGGUGGUUGUUCAGCGUGGCUGAGUAGGUUUAGAUAUGUUUUAGAUAGAGCAGCUUAUUUUGCAAAGGUCUCGUAGAUAUAUUUACCUGCCUCAGGGAAGUCUCGUAGAUAUAUUUACCUACCUUAGGGAAAUUCACUGAUGAAUACAGUUUUGUAUAAUGUGCAUAAGUUAUUUAUUUGGUAGGAUAAUGAUUACAAGGUAUAAAAUGUAUUUAAGUAAGUUUUGAUAGCCGAUAUGAGUGAUAUGUAAAUUAAGAAUAAAUUGACUAGGAUUA